GAGUGAGAGAGAGGGAGUUCUGGGCAAAAGAGAUAUUGACAAUCACACUAAGACAGACCACACAUUCAACAAAUAAGAAAAACACCGUUUAUUUUAUCAUUUGACUGAAAUUCCAACUUUGGUUUUUCUUCCAAUAAUUUAAAUAAAUAAAUAAAAUAAAAUCCCACAUCUUUUUGUGUGACUGGGCAAUUUGGCAAUAGAUUGUGUAGAGGUGAAAGCAACAGCUUAUAAUUCACUUAUCUUUGGCAGCAGCUAUUAACCCUCAGCAGCAGCUAGAUAGAUUGCUCAGGAUAUAGCACACAUCUCUCUUCUUCCUCCUCACACCUCCUCCCUCCUCCGCUCCCUCCAUCCUCUCCUCCUUUUCACCACUAAUGAACCGAAUUGCCCGCCUGCUCCUCGGACACACUCGGACACUCGGCUCCUUAAUAAUAAAAUGAUGAAGCUGUAUCUGAUCAUCAUUGCUGAUUUUACGUGGCGCGCGUGAAACGAACACACACACACGCGCGCGCGCGCGCCAGCACGCAACGCACUGGCGUUUGCUCAACUUUGUUUCCAUUUUUAAUGUCAAGGAAACACCGUCUCCGUAAAGGAGGGUCAGAGGAUGUGACUUUUUUAUCUGACUGAUUCGUUUUGACAUGACAGACACGGUUGGCCGUGGCUGAUUUACACAGCUCGCUUCUGUUUGAUGCGUUCAAGGCAAAAAAAAAAAAAAAAAAAAAAUCCCGUUCGUAAUCAAACAAGUGGAAGUCAUCUGUAUCAGAUGAUGCAAAAUUAUUCAUUCAAAAAAAGUUGCAGAAAUCAGCCUUCAAACGCGCAACCCUGCCGCUGGUGUACACGAAAAUACAGCGCGCGUGGAUUUUUAAGAGAUCACGAUGAAAUUCCUAGAUGUCAUAAAAAUGAAAUAUGAUUUAUCACUUGGGCUUGAAGAUAAUUGUUGUCUGAAAUUAUUUUAAAAAAAAGUUGAUUCAUAUUAAUAACAACACAUCGCAUCGAAUAAAUGAAUUAAAUCCGAAUAAUGUAAUAAUUCCGUUUAAUUACGAUACGAAUUUCCAAUUAAAAAGGCCACCUUCAUUUUCUUAAGCAUCAAUCCCGACAUUUAUUUUUUUUUUAAAAGUUAAUAUCAUGUAUAUUUUUUGGUUAUUUUCUCCCUCAUAAUGUGUGAUGCUCAACACCAAUUUUCCAUAUGUUUUAAAAAAAUCCAACUCACCACAUAUAGGGGCCUAAAGCAAGAGGAAAAGUGGAGCGAGUGAGUGCAGUCGGGCUGCUGCUCUGCACAGCCCACUGCUGCUGGAGCGCCGCCGCCGCUUGCACAGGAAGCGUCACGCUGCCAAAUAUGGGCAAAACCACGCCCACAACGCGUCAUACUCUGACAGCGCCUCUCCCGUGGGUUUAGAGUUUUGGCUCCCGGGAAAGAUUUCAGUCCUCGGGGAAAGAGGGCUUAGUUUUGCAUGUUCCCAUCCAUCGUGCACGACGCGAAAGGGCCCCUUCUCCACCUCUCCUGUGUACCAGGAACACCUCCACUGGUGAUCAGCCUUCGCCCGUGUUUGUCUUGUGGAGAAGCAGCAGCAGCACCUUUUCAGGAGUGGGCUUUUUUAUCCAACAACAACAAGUCCUGAAGGUUUUGGAUGCGCUGUGCUUCAGGGAUGUGGGCACUCUGAGAGCAGCAUCACCCACCGACACAAACAAAUGCCAUCGAUUUUUCUGUGAAUAGCACGAAAAUAGGAGGAAAAAAAAAAGAGAAAAAGAAAACAAAAGAGGAACACUAGCAAGACACACUCGCACAGGCAAAUCCCGUCUAUUGAACAAUUCACUUGUGCAGUCUGUGGAUACCGCUCUAACUAAGUACAGCACUUUGAGAAUUGUUCACAUCGGCCGGACUGAAGAGGGAGGCAAGACCUGUGGACCGGCUUUUCUCACCGGCUCUCACCGCUGAUCCCCGCUGAAAGAAGAGACAGAGAGAGAGAGAGAGAAAAGAAAAAACCCACGCAGCCCAACUCUGACGGAUAACAACGCGCUUGGACGUUUAUUUUCCCUAAUUUUCACAGGAGGCUCAUUUUUUUUUUCUUCUCUCCGACACAAAUUGUCCUAAAUGUUUGGGAUUCAGGAAACUAUACCGCGGGGUGGGACGACGAUGAAGGAAGAACCGCUGGGUGGACUGAACUCGGUCCGCUCCUGGAUGCACACAGCUGGGGUGGUGGACGCAAACACAGCCGCCCAAAGCGGCGUGGGCUUGGCACGGGCACAUUACGAAAAGCAGCCCCCUUCCAACCUCAGAAAAUCCAAUUUUUUCCAUUUCGUCCUGGCGCUGUAUGACAGACAGGGUCAGCCCGUGGAGAUCGAAAGGACAGCUUUUGUGGACUUUGUGGAGAAGGAAAAAGAACCAACCAGCGAAAAAACAAACAAUGGGAUACAUUACAAACUACAGUUAUUGUACAGCAACGGCGUCAGAACAGAACAGGAUCUUUACAUACGGUUAAUCGAUUCCAUGACAAAACAGGCCAUAAUUUAUGAAGGCCAGGACAAGAAUCCAGAAAUGUGCAGAGUCCUCCUCACCCACGAAAUCAUGUGCAGCCGAUGCUGUGACAAGAAAAGCUGCGGGAACAGGAACGAGACGCCCUCAGACCCCGUGAUCAUCGACAGAUUCUUCCUAAAGUUCUUCCUCAAGUGCAAUCAGAACUGUUUGAAGAAUGCAGGGAACCCACGGGACAUGCGCAGAUUCCAGGUUGUCGUAUCGACGACCGUCAACGUUGACGGCCACGUGUUGGCCGUCUCUGACAACAUGUUUGUACACAACAAUUCCAAACAUGGGCGAAGGGCUCGCAGACUCGACCCUUCAGAAGCAGCCACCCCGUGCAUCAAGGCUAUCAGCCCCAGCGAGGGAUGGACCACCGGAGGAGCCACUGUCAUCCUCAUAGGGGACAACUUCUUUGACGGCCUUCAAGUUGUGUUCGGCACGAUGCUCGUAUGGAGCGAGCUCAUAACUCCACACGCAAUCCGCGUCCAGACUCCACCUCGGCACAUUCCCGGUGUUGUGGAAGUCACGCUGUCCUACAAGUCCAAGCAGUUUUGCAAAGGUGCCCCUGGGAGAUUUGUCUACACUGCCCUGAACGAGCCAACCAUCGACUAUGGUUUCCAGAGGCUGCAGAAGGUUAUCCCCAGACACCCCGGAGAUCCUGAGCGGUUACCGAAGGAGGUGUUGCUGAAGAGGGCGGCUGAUCUAGUGGAAGCCCUGUACGGGAUGCCCCACAACAAUCAGGAGAUCAUUCUGAAGAGGGCAGCUGACAUCGCCGAGGCCCUGUACAGCGUUCCCCGCAACCACAACCAGAUCCCCUCACUCGCCAACACGGCCUCCCAUGGCAUGAUGGGAGUGAACUCUUUCGGCAGCCAGCUAGCAGUCAACGUGUCCGAGUCACAAGGGAACGACCAAGUGGGCUACAGCCGGAACACCAGCAGCGUGUCCCCCCGGGGCUACAUCUCCAGCAGCACCCCGCAGCAGUCGAGCUACAACACCGUCAGCAACAGCAUGAAUGGCUACGGCAACGCCGGUAUGAACCUGGGAGUGCCGAGCUCCCCCGGGUUCCUGAACGGAUCCUCUGCCAACUCCCCAUAUGGAAUUAAACAAAAGAGCGCCUUCGCCCCUGUGGUCCGACCCCAGGCCUCCCCACCCCCCUCCUGCACCAGCGCCAACGGCAACGGACUGCAAGGUGAGCCCCCCUCACCCCCUCAUCCCUUCCCUACGGACUACUGGUCAGAUACCGCUGCUCAGGCCUCUGUCCGGUUUGCCAUGUCCGGCCUCGUUGUCCCUCCAAUGUAAAUGCACUUUCAUCAUCUCAAGCACCAGUCUACACUCCACUACUUCACUUCAGAAGAAUCCCCCCCUGCUUACCACAGCACACCACCAAACGCUGGUGUAAUGUAUAGUCAAUCACUUAAUCUGUUUUUUUUUUUUUUAAACGAAGAUUUUUUUUUUUUAAAUGACUUUCGCCAACCUGCAGAAAUAAAAGGAUUUUACAGAGGAACAUUUUUUUUUUCUGCGGGAUUGUUUUUUGUUUACUUCUCUCUCUCCAUUAAAUCCGCCUCGAGGAGGACACGGGAUGAUGAAGGGUUUAUUUUGUAUACGUGUCGGGUUGUACUUCGGCGUCGGAUAUGUCCAUUCAUCCACACGUUUAAUACUGGAAGGGACUCUGUGGACUCGCCAUCUGGUUGUAAAGUAAAACACACUGAUGUACAGUACAUUUGCCAACGAACUUGUUUGCCUCAGAAUUUUCUUUUCCUUUUUUUUUUCUCUUCUCUCCGUUUCUGUUCCAACUCUUUUAAUAGAUUCACAACAGUUGUGUGUCUUUAUAAUGUGACCUUUUUGUAUUUUUAUGUGUGCGGAAAAUACACAGGGGCCAAGACGGUUUGAAUUUCAACUGGAGAAUAUAUGAGAUAUAUAUCAUGUAGAAAAAUUGAUCAUAAAAGUAACAAACAAAUAAGAAUAAAAGGUGCGGGGCGGGGGCCGGGGCGGGGAAGGAUGUAUCAUGUUUCAUUCCUGCAUUUUAACUUAAAUUUUGUAAUUUAUUGUAGCUAGAUAUUUUCAAAAGUCAAACGAAAAAAAAACAACAACAACCAACAACCCACUUUGAGUCAACAAGCACACUGACGUGUACAAAACACUGCUCUGUUGAUGAAUAUGAUGUACUUCCAUGUCUAGAGCUUCCUUUUAAGCAAGUGUGUUUUGCCAUGUUUUUCAACUUUUUUGCUAGCACUGUAUAUUAAUGCAUUCCUAGGCUACUGUGAAGUCUGUUUCUUGUUGAUGAGGAGCAGUCUCCCCCCCUUCUAGCUCCAAACUCCCUUAUGUGUUUUAUAUGUGGUUAAAAAAAUUGUAGACUAUUGUGAUAUUGCCAAACUUGUGCUAAAUAUUUAUACAUCUGUCUUUUUCAUGUUCUUUUAGAUCAACGACAAAAAAAAAGGUGAAAAAAAAAGUUUGAAAAAAAAAAACGAAAACAAAAAAAAACAAAAACAAAAUUUAAAACCAUCGAGAAUGUAGGAAGUAUAGUAGAUCAUCGUCAUAUUUCUGUUCCAACACACACUUGCGCUCACUGAGGGGAAAAUUUUUGUAACAUAUCAACUAUAAAUAAUGUAUUUAUCUCUGAUAUUUUGUAUAUUGCUUUUCAUUAUGUAUGUAUUAAUCGUCAUGCCCUUAAUAUAGUGAUGCAGCACAGAUGAUUCAGCCAAGAACUGUUGCCUUCAUUUGUUUUCUUUUUGUAUUUGAUGAAAUGCAAUGUGCAUAUAUUUCACGUGUAUCCUCAAAAAAGUUUGUGUUACUCCUGUCGAGACUCUCUGUCCAUUUUUUUUUUUUUAAAGGGGAAGUCAAACUUCAUUGUUUAUUUUUAUAUUGAUUUUAAAUUAUCUAUACAGACCAUUUUGGAGAAAACUUUGUUGGUUGUAUUGUCAAAUAAAUUGUUUGUGACCCAUAUGAUAGUUGUUAAGAUCCAAUAGAGACUAAUGUGCAUGAGGGACAACCUUGGAGAUAAAAAAAAAAAAACACUCCAUUUGUGGUUGUACUUUUUUCCCCCCCUUCUGUUUUGUAGAAUGUAUAGAAGUCAUUUUUACUCACCACUUAUGACUCUGCCACAUAGCUUACAUGUGUUUACAGGAAAGAAGAAAAAUUUAAAUCUGUCAACAUUUGGAAUGGAAACAGAAAUGGAUUAAGUGAUGUUUUAUUAAAAUUUUCAGUAAAAAAACACACACACUAGCUCCUCAACUGUCAACUUCUUCUGUUUCCAGUACAGUUUGGCUGGCAGACCAAAACAAAAAACAAAAAAAACCUUAGCGAUAACUGUCGAAAAAAAAGUGUCCCCAAAGCGUGACUUUAGCUCUGACGCUGCUCUUCUCACUGUAUCAGCCUUCAUCUGCAGCAGUCAUUCAUAAACAUCUCCAGCUUUUUUAUUCAAAGCAGCCCAAACAGGGCUCAUUCAAAUCCCUCAUUUUAUUGCAUUAAGCCGCCUGGUUAAUAAAGAAUCAAUACAUUGAAAGAGCAAGGUUAUCCUUUGUCUAUAAGGGCUGGUAUCGUUUUGAACCUCUUAUAGUUUGAGCAAUGAAAGGGGGGCCUGAGUGAAAUCUAUACUCAUCAAGUGGGUCAAACUGAAGGAUAGGAGUGUGUGAGGGAAGAACACUGCUUCCCCUUAAAAACAACUGAGCAUCUUAUCUGGCAUCCUGAGCAGGUCACAAAAUGUCAAUUUCUCAUCAAGGCAACAUUGUCCACGGCCACCUCUCCCUUUAAUGCACAAUUAAACAGCGCCAGCUUGAGUGGCAAUCAGCAUAUCACAGCUUAUUAUGUCAGACAGGCGGGCGGAGAUCUCGCCGCGGCCGAGAGCUGAUAGAGUCCGCGCGCUGCUGAUAGCGUAAAGGACGGGGGUACGCUCGAAAGAGCCAUUUCAUUUUCGGCCUACGAUCGCCUUGUGCUUCCAAUCAUUCCCUCGAUAAUCCACCCAGUCUGAUAACAACGGCCACACAUCUGCUUCCUGACGUCGUAUUAUCUGUUUCAGACACCGAUACACAGGUUCUCGGCUGUAAUGCCUUCCUUACUGCUCUCUUACUCAAUGACAAAAUGAUUUGUUUUUUUGUUUUAAUUGCUCCGUGGCCGAGGCCUAGGAAGGGGGCGCUCUCUCUCUCUCUCUCUCUCUUGAUACAAAAACAACAACCGACGGAAGAAAAAAAAAAGAUGCUAGAGAAAAAAAAGGACAAUUCCUGAGGUUGAAGGUGCAAUAAAAGAUGACAAGUCUGCUGGGUUGUUCCCGGUAUUAAGAGAGCGCCGAAGCCUGGCAGGCAGAGUGAAGGUACAGUAUAUUGUCUCAGCAUGUUUCUCUGUACCCGAGCGGCAGCCCCCCAGCUCUGCCACAACACUCAAUCAUCGUGAGAGCCUCUUUAUUGGAGAACUCUAAUGGCCACCCUCCACCAUGAUCUUAAUGUGUACAUUAAAUAUUUAUAAAUCCCGGGUCAAUAAUGCCCCAUAACCCGAGCCUGACAGAC